AUGCACAAUCAAAGCUCUGUAACUGAGUUUGUCCUCCUGGGACUUUCACAGAAUCCAAAUAUUCAGAAAAUUGCCUUUGUUGUAUUUUUGUGCGUCUACAUUGUAACAGUUGGGGGCAACUUGCUUAUCGUGGUGACAAUCGUCAGCAGCCCUGCACUCCUGGGCUCCCCAAUGUACUUCUUCUUGGCUUUCCUUUCCUUCUUGGAUGCCUGCUUCUCCUCAGCCAUUGCCCCAAAGAUGAUCGUGGACUCUCUCUAUGAGAAGAAGACCAUUUCCUUUGAAGGCUGCAUGACCCAACUCUUUGCUGAACACUUCUUUGGAUGUCUAGAGACCUUGGUACUCAUACUCAUGUCCUUUGAUCGCUACGUGGCUAUUUGUAAACCCCUUCGAUACACAACUAUCAUGAGUCAGCAUGUUUGUGAUGUGUUGGUGAUUCUGGCCUGGGUGGGGUCUUGUAUCCAUUCUUCAACACAGAUUUUUUUGGUUUUGAAAUUACCCUUCUGUGGACCCAAUGUUAUUGAUCAUUAUUUCUGUGACUUGCAACCCUUGUUGGAACUUGCUUGCAUGGACACUUUUGUCAUCAACCUACUCAUAGUGUCUAACAGUGGGGUCAUAUGCACAGUGAGUUUCAUCAUAUUGCUUAUCUCCUAUGUUUUCAUCUUACAUUCUCUAAGUAAACAGAGUGCAGAGGGAAGAAGGAAAGCUCUCUCCACCUGUACCUCCCACAUAAUUGUUGUCACCUUGUUCUUUGUUCCUUGUAUAUUCACAUACACUCGCCCUGCAACCACAUUUCCAGGGGACAAGAUGGUGGCAGUGUUUUACACUAUUUGUACACCGUUGCUCAAUCCUCUGAUUUAUACUUUGAGGAAUGCAGAAGUCAAAAAUGCCAUGAGAAAGCUAUGGUGCCACAAAUUCUGA